CCCCAGGCAGUCUCGCUGCGACAACACCACGCGACGGGACGGUGCAAGGAGCCACUAUAGUUACAGUAAACCUACAUACCUACUGCACCAGUAACUAUUGCAUUACGACGCAUUUGUGUAGUUAAAUCCUCUCACCUGUGCUUUGUUGUGUUAGCCACAGGUCGCCGUGACAGCCUGCACAUUAAACACUGAACAUGACUAAGGUCCCGUGUGAGGGUGUGGACGCCACCAAGGAAACCAGGACUCGAAUGAGACAACAGUUAAUGGAUAACACAGUCGACGAUCCACUUGAGGUGACUCGGUACUUCCGUCAUCUGGUGAGCUGCGUACAGGAUCCACCCUUUGAGGAAAUCUGCAAGGAAAUAGUGAGCGCGGGUUGCGUCCCAAAGUUUGUACAUUUUCUGCAGAUGGAUCGCUGCUUGGAGGUGCAGAAAGAGGCGGCGUGGGUGCUGGGUAACAUGUCAGGCGGUGAUGACGACAUUAGUAAGGCUAUGUUUGAUGCCGGCGUCGUGGCUCCUAUGAUCAGUCUCAUCAACUCCGAGAACUCUGAGGUUGGGGAAUUGUCAGCUCAGUGUCUGGCAAACAUUGUCAUGUUGCCAGGUGUCUGUGAGCAGAUUGCCGGUGAUGUCUUCAAGCCUCUGCUGCCGUUGCUCGCGAAGGAUGAAGUGCCGCCAAAUGCUUCGGCUCUGUUACGAAAUUUGUGUGGGUCCAGUAAUCCACACCUGCGUCUGAGUAUUCUGAGGCCCUGCCUGCCCACGCUGAUCCACCUCAUCUCAAAUAACAGCGUCUCGGUGUCGGACGAUGCCUGCAAUGUUCUUGCCCAUCUUAUCAGGAUUCACGGAUCCCGCCUCAGUCCCAGCCUCGACUCUUCAUUCUUUACUGAAUUUCACAACCUCCACAAAAUGAAUCCUGACAGAAAAUCAUUUACCAAUCUUGCUCACGCAGUUAGGCAGAAAUCAAUGGCCCCGUCUUCUCCCUCACAGGACGAAGGAAGCAGCAGCUCGACGAAAGGGCCGCAGUACACGUCACAGUGCAAUUCGACGCCCACGUCAUUACAGUGCAACUCGAAACCAAGUGGUGCAUCCAGCGCCUUCGGGAGGCGGAGGGCACGCAGCACUUCCCCCGAUGGUGUGUCCACGAGGAGCACGCCAAAGAGGACUAAGAUCAGUACUGUCGCUGUUUGCCUCUCACCAACAAAGCCCCGGACAAGAGCCUUUUCAAAGAGAUUUGUCAACAUAGCUCCGAACCACUCAGCUUCUUAUAUUUCACAAAAGAAGGAUGAAUUAUUUCGGGCAGUGGCGGAGGGAGAGCUGGAGCGCGUGGAGCAGCUUGUGCACCACACUGGUCCCAGCGUGACAAAAGGUAGAAGGGAAUGCACGCUGCUGCACGUAGCCGCAGAAAAUAACCAACCAUCCAUUGUCCUGUUCCUCCUGCAGUUCAUCAGCCCUAAUGUUGUGAACCAUGAUGGUCACACUCCAGCUCACCUGGCUGCCAUGAAAGGUCACACUCAGGUGUUGCACAUCCUGCUCAGUGAUCCACACAUCAAUCCUGACAAACGUGACCUCAAUGGCAACAUAUACACACACUGGCUCGUCAGUCAUCUGUUGGAAGCUGUUCUGAAAGAGGAUGUUACAAGAGUGCGUUCAUUGCUGAGCGUUGGAGCUGAUGUGGACAAGCCGGUGCGGGGUGCGACAGGUGGGGCGCUGGCCCGUGAGCUUCACAUCUCUUCAAUCCGCCACCUAGCACGCGUCCUGCAACAUGAGUCCAUACUCAGAGUGUUUGACGCUGAGCGUCGAAAGUCAACGGACCUUAAAGCAGAAGCCUGCACGGCCACACAAAGCUCCACUUCCUUUCAUCGCUUACCAACUGGCACUCUCGCCUUGCCUGCUGGUGCGUCGCCAUCGAUGGCUCGCGGGCCAGACGUGUACAGGAUGGACGCAGCUCCCAGGAGCUACGUCUGCAUCCUCAGCUAUGGCUCCUUCCACGUCCGUCCGGACCUCCACCUGGAAGGCUCGCAGACUGACGCCUACAAUCUGGCUAAUACAUUUAGUGAGAUGGGCUACAGAGGUCAUGCCCACUUCUCCCUCACGGCUGGCCAAACACGGCAGCAACUGGCCAAGGUCCGGGACAUGGAGUUGCUGGAAAGAGCUGGAUGUGCUGUAUUCAUUAUUUCCAGCUAUGGAGAACCUCGUCGACACUUCCUUACCAGCGACAUGCAGACCAUUGACAUUCAGUGGGUGUUGGACUUCUUUAAGGACUCUCAGUGCCCUUAUUUGAAGAACAAACCCAAGCUGUUCAUCUGGGACUUGUGUCGAGGCCAUCAGGAGCAAGAAUGCGGCCGAGGAAAGACUCAUGGAGAGCUGUGUGGCCGAGUGGAUGAGCCGCUGCGGGACGUGAUGUGCCUCGACUCAAGUAGUGGAGGCUUCACCUGGCGCGCCUUCUCUGAGGAGGGCACUCCCUUCAUUGGGGCGCUUUGCAGCGUUUUGGCGCGCCAUGCUGCCACCAAGGAGCUGUCAGAGCUUUAUCGGGAAUUUUUGAAGGAGUAUGCCACCGCGGCUCCAGAUGCAGUUCCACAGCUCACUAAUUAUGGCUUCAAUAAGAAGUUCUACUUUAAUCCAACUAAAGAGUCUUUUCAUGCGUAGGUUUUGCAUAUAGUAUGGCAUCCAUAAUUUUGGUGGUACAUGUACCGACUAAAACCUCAAUGGCUGUAAAUAACAUGUGUUAAUAUUCACUCAAUAUCUUCUCCCGGCAUAUCUAAAACAAAGUUUCUUCUUUUAGUUUAACAA